AUGAAUAAUACCAAUAAGUCAGGAAAAGGAAAAAACAGGCAAGCCAAUGAUGAUUCAAACAACAAUGUUGGAUCUAUGGAUGUUUUAGAGACUUUAAGAGCACAAAUUAUCGCCUCGAUGAAUAAAACAAAUGAUAUUGAUAACACUAACGCCACUUCUCUAAGGAAAAAUGUUAAGCCAACUUUGGUCCAUACUAGUAGAACUGACAGCAAUGACAAGAACAACGAUCGUAAUACUGAUAUCUACAAAAAAAGACCGUAUAAGGAUAUUAAUAACAACAUUAUGGCAAGAAACGGUAGGUUGAAUGGAUCACGCUUUGAUAAAGAGCCUGUCCACAAAAAUGAAAGAAAUAGAAAAGUUAAUAACAACAUAGAAAACUAUAAUAAUAAAGUUAUACAAGGUUCGUUCGUCAAAAAUCCUUCAAGCAAUAAAAAUAGUAAUAACACAAAUAGAGUUGAUAAAUAUAAUCACGAUCCACGUGGGUAUAAACAUCAAACCGCUAAUUUCAACAAUAACGACAACAGGAUGCACAGCUAUAAUACGCCGCCUAAAGACGACUUGGAUGAAAUUGUUUAUUCACAGAUUGAGGGUUGGUCCAAAAUACAAUCUAUUGAUGAACUUAAAUCACAACUAAAUAUUAAAAGUAAAUGGAAUAUCCCAGCAAAAGGAUUUGAAAGUUAUAACUUAUCUGAAAUUAAAAGCUUGGGGAUAUUUGUUACACCAACUGAUAUAGUGGAAAGGAACUUUCAAAAUUUUAAUAGCAAUCACACUUUCAAUACCAAUAAUACAUCAAUAAACGAAAGUAAAAUUGGUAUAAUUGAGCAGAACAGAGGUAGGCAAAGAGAUGACCAGCAGCAAAAGCAAUCAGAACCGCCAUUAACUAAUGAGGCUGCUACUAAUGAUGUUUUACAAGCUUUUUACAAAACACAAUUGGACUGUAUGUUAAUAUUUGAUAAGGAUCCAAAGGACACAUUGGUAAAAUUUUUCAACAACGUCAACUACAAAUUUAUUGAUAAUUCGCAUGGUUAUAAUGAUUUGAUGCCGGUUGAAAAUUGGGAAGUAACAUCGAUCAGACAUAAAAAUAUGAAUUCUGCCUAUGUGGUUUUAUUUAAUAAUGCUUAUAUUACAAACAUUAUAGAAAGUUUCGAUGAUACUCCAUUUUUUUCCGGUUUUAAAAUAUCCAGACCACAAAAUUAUAAGCCAUUGUCAAACAAAUACAUUUUAGCAACUGAAAAUGACGAGCAGCAAAAACAACAGCAACAAAGAAGAGAUGGAUAUGAUAAUGGUAGGAAUAGCAGGAACAGUUUCUAUUGGAAAAUAAUAGUUACCUUAAAAGAUGAUGGAACGAAUACCACCACCACCAGAAUAUUGACCAAAAUGAUUUAUUUCCACAAUAAUUACAAUGUCAGUAUUAAAAAUCAUACCUCUGAAAUGGAUAAAGUGGUUAGAAAGUUUGAGAAAUCCCCUAAGUUAUUGGAUAUGCUAAAACAAGCACCGCCUAUGCCACCGUCAAAAGUAUUAUCUCUAUACAACUGUAUUGACCCUGUAGAUUUGAAAAAACAGGAGUUUUAUGAUAAAAUUCGCAAUUCUAUUAUGAAAAAUGAAAUGGGUGUUUUGAAUGGGAUUGAAAGUUGUGAGAUUCCAAGACCAGGGCUUGAUUAUAUUCAUACAUCCAUACAAACGUCCAUUAAUAACGGGAUUGGCAAAAUAUUUAUCAAGUUUUCUAGUUUAGAAGAUUCUAUGGCUAGUUUUAAAAGUUUACAAAACUGGAAAUUUCAAGAUCGUCAAAUUAUUCCGAGUUUUUAUCCUGAAUCUGAUUUUAAUAACGGUAUAUUAUUAUAA